GGAUCCGCGCCCAGCGCUCCUCUGACGGCGCUGCCCCGCAGACCUUGCCCAGGAGGAAUUCCUGGAGCUGCUGGAGCUCCUGGUGUCCCGCGCUCGCUCCUACGUCCCAUCGCUGGCUGCCAUGGAGGAGUUCCACCUGAGCCUCUCGCAGUGCGUGGUGCUGCGCUACCACUGGAUAGAGCCCUUCGUCCGCUGCCUCAGGGAGCGCCUGGCCACCUUCCACAGGUUCUUCUGYGUGGCUGACCAAGUGAAGGUUUACACCAACCAGAACAAAACCAGGACCUUUAUUGGCUUGGAGGUAUCUGCUGGGCAUUUCCAGCUGCUGGAGCUGGUCUCAGAGGUAGACAGAGUUCUAGAGGAAUUUGACCUUCCCACGUUCUACAAGGACCCAUCGUUCCACAUCAGCUUGGCCUGGUGCGUCGGGGACCUGGCUGGCAGGCUGGAAGGGCAGUGUCUGCGGGAGCUCCAGGACAUUGUGGAUGGAUUUGAGGAUUCAGCGUUCUUGCUGCGUAUCCAAUGGGAGCAAAUCCGCUGCAAGUCAGGGAACAAGUACUUCUCCUUUCCCUUGAGGUAGGGGCUGGUGAGGCUGUGCAUUUUGGAGCCUCCAAGAGCCUGAUGCUGGACCAAGGACUGUUGUCCAGCGUAGUUCUGCGUGGCGUGGGCACCUCCAUGCUCUUCUUGCCUGCUCAGCGUCUCUGUGGUGUUUGUGGUCCC